AUGGAGGCACUUGGACAAAUCCAACAAGUCGCUAAUAAAAUUCGGACAUCUUCACGCCCAGCUGUAUAUGCGCUGUAUCGGCUUGUAUUUGAAGAGGAGGGAAAUCGCGCUAGCCGCAAACGACUGCGUGAAUUUCGUGGCUUCGAUUUUAAUGACGCAUCUCAAGAAUUCAAAACAAAAUACAAAUAUUCUGCUGUCUUUACAAUCGGCGACCUGACGUCAAUGUGUAAUAUUCUUGGAUUAGAUUACACAGGUACCAAAGAAGAUCUAAGACAGAAAAUAAUACGAGCGCUUAUGGAUAUCCAAUCAUUGGCACCACACGAAGAUGACGACGUCGAUUCAGGAGAAGAAUCUGAGGAGUCAGAGAGAGCAGAAGAGUUGCCGCAUAGACUACAAACGAAAAUGAGAGCAAGCAGUGACAUAGAUGCUUCCUCUCAUUCGAACAACGAUUCGUAUCAAAUUCCACGGAAACACAGGAGACAAGACAGAACAAAAAUUACGUUCAAUUUUAAAGAUAUAGAAGACACCAUUCGUCCAUUUGACGGGAGCGAUGAUUGCCCAAUCGAAAAGUGGAUCGCAAAUUUUGAGGAGCUGGCAGCAUUAUUCAAGUGGGAUGCCAUACAAAAAUUGGUGUUUGUACGUAAGUCUCUUAAAGGCGUUGCUAAAACAUUUGUACGUGGGUUGAGCAUUACGCAAUCCUGGAAACAAUUAAAGGAAGCCCUUAAGGAGGAAUUCAGUUUGAAAGUGAGCAGCGCUGAUAUUCACCGAAAGCUUGCUAAAAGAAAAAUAAAAAAAGACGAAAAUCUGCAAGAAUAUUACCUAUCUAUGAGAGAGAUAGCGUCGAAAGGUAAUAUCGACGUCGAGUCGGUCAUUCAAUACAUUAUUGAUGGCGUUCCGGAUAACAGCAACAAGGUCGUGUUGUAUGGCGCCAGGAAUUAUAACGAGUUCAAAGCGCGCCUUCGUACUUACGAGAGGAUGCAAGAUCGAGGAACCGCCAGCAGCAAAGGGUAUCUUAAGAAGGAAACCAUGGGUAAACCAACGAAAGACGAUGCCAAAUCAGAGAAAGACGAUGCUAAGAGGACAGCGAAGGACAGAUGCUACAAUUGCGGCGAGGGUGGACACCGAUCGACCACAUGUCAAUUUAAAGACCGAGGUAAAAAAUGUUUCGGUUGUAAUGAUUUUGGCCACGAAACAAAAAACUGUCCAUCUAAAAAUUCUAAGAAAUCGCAGGUAACAACUAACGUACUUGUACAAUCUGUCGAUACGAGUCGAAUGUUUAAAGAAAUUGUAAUCGGAGAUAACUGUUUGCGUGCUUUAAUAGAUACAGGUAGCCAUCUCUCCUUGAUGCGCGAAAACAUGUUUACGACAAUUAAUAUAUCAAAGCUGUGUAAAUCGCAUGUACUGUUGACAGAUAUUGCUCAAGGCCAAGUUAAGACGCUGGGAUAUUUCCAGACGACGAUCAUUAUAGACAAUGUUGAUUUUUCUAUAACAUUUUAUGUGGUUCCUUCAGGGGCCUUAACUGUCGAUAUAAUUUUAGGAACAGAUUUUAUUAAUCAAACUGAGAUCACUAUCAACCAAGAUGGCAUUAAAAUUACGAAACCUAACGCUUUAGUUCUUCUUUCACAGAUUGAAUUACAACAGAACAAUGACGAACUAAUUCAUACAGAUUUGAAUAUUGAUAACGAAUCGAGAAAGACGGUAGAAUGCAUGAUGUCGGCGUACAAACCGAAUAAGAUUAAGACGACAGAUAUCGAAUUAAAAAUAACGUUAAAAGAAGAAACACCCAUUUAUCAGUCUCCACGACGAUUGCCGCCGAAAGAGAGAGAAAGCGUUGAAAAACAAGUGAACGAUUGGUUGCAUGAAGGAAUUAUAGAACCGUGUUCGUCUGAAUAUGCAAGCCCUGUAGUAGUUGUUAAAAAGAAGAACGGUUCUCUUCGACUCUGUGUCGAUUAUAGAAAAUUAAAUCGAAUAAUGGUUAGAGACAAAUACCCACUUCCGGUGAUGGAUGAACAAAUCGAUUUAUUAACAGAAGCUAAUAUAUUUAGUACAAUUGAUCUAGAAAAUGCAUUUUUACAUGUUAACGUAGAAGCAUCCAGUAGAAAAUAUACAGCUUUUGUAACUCAUCAGGAUCAUUAA